GCUGCCAGUCGGCGCUCCGGGUACACGCGCUUCAACUUCGGUUGGUGUGUGUCGAAGAAACCUGACUGCGACCUGGGAAGCACCGCGGAGAACAUCGGAACAUCGGAGAGGGUCCACCGAGCCUCGCGAAAGGUCCGCUGAGCGGGCUUCGCAACCGGAGCCACUCCGGGCUGCGGAGCACCCAGCGGAUCCCACGCCUGGCACAGGUGUGGGACCCCGUCCUUCCUGUCCUCGCAGAGGAGUCCUCGCGUGGUGAGUAUGCGAAACAAAAAGCUUUUGAAAACAAGAAGAAGAAAGGGUGGACGAGGAGGCCAGGAUCCAGGCCUCCAUCCCCACAGAAGUGAAGCGACAGCUGGGAGGUCUCCUCCCACCCCAACCUUCACCCUGGGGCCCGCCGACUGCCCACCACCACCUCCUCCUCCCCCCCCCAACGACCCCUCCUCCUCCUCCAACAACUGCCAAAGGGAUCAGGGCAACCCCAACCAGGACCGCCGGCGGCGGGAGAACCUCUCCCAAGAGAUCAACGACCUUAGAGAGAAGGUCAUGAGGCAGUCCGAGGAGAACAACAAGCUGCAGGACCAGGUGCAGAGGCUCACCGAAGAGAACUCGAACCUUCGCGAGCAAGUGGAGCCUGCCCCCCAGGAAGAGGAAGAAGAGGAGGAGGAAGAGGAUGAGCUGGAGCUCCGUGGCGCCGCAGCGGCUGCUGCCCCACCCCCUCCCGCCGAGGAAGAGGGCUCCGAAGACCUCCCCGAGAAGUUCGACGGCAACCCAGACAUGCUGGUGCCUUUCAUGUCCCAGUGCCAGAUCUUCAUGGAGAAGAGCACCCGAGAUUUCUCCAUCGAUCGCGUCCGCGUCUGCUUCGUGACCAGCAUGAUGACCGGCCGCGCCGCCCGCUGGGCCUCCGCGAAGCUGGAGCGAGCCCACUACCUGAUGCACAACUACCCAGCCUUCAUGACCGAGAUGAAGCACGUCUUCGAAGACCCCCAGCGGCGGGAGGCCGCCAAGCGCAAGAUCAGACGCCUGCGCCAGGGCAUGGGGUCCGUGGUCGACUACUCCAAUGCGUUCCAGAUGAUCGCCCAAGACCUGGACUGGAACGAGCCCGCGCUCAUUGACCAGUACCACGAGGGCCUCAGCGACCACAUCCAGGCCGAGCUGGCGCACCUCGAGGUCGCCAGGUCGCUGCCCGCGCUCAUCAGCCAGUGCAUCCUCAUCGAGGUGGACCCCACCGAGCCCGUGGGCGGGGCGCGCAUGCGCCUGACCCAGGAAGAGAAAGAACGACGCCGCAAGCUGAACCUGUGCCUCUACUGUGGGAAUGGAGGCCACUACGCUGACAACUGUCCUGCCAAGGCCUCCAAGGCUUCGCGCGGGAAACUCCCCGGCCCCGCUGUAGAGGGACCUUCAGCGACCGGGCCGGAAAUCAUAAGGUCCCCACCAGAUGAUGCUUCAUCUCACCUGCAAGUGAUGCUCCAGAUUCACAUCCCGGGCAGACACACCCUGAUCGUCCGAGCCAUGAUCGACUCUGGCGCCUCCGGCAACUUCAUCGAUCACGAGUACGUCGCGCGACACAACAUUCCUCUGAGGAUCAAGGACUGGCCAAUCCUUGUGGAAGCGAUCGAUGGACGCCCCAUAGCAUCGGGCCCCGUUGUCCACGAGACGCACGAGCUGAUCGUCGACCUGGGGAAUCACCGGGAAGUGCUGUCCUUGGAUGUGACUCAGUCUCCGUUCUUCCCCAUCGUCCUGGGGGUGCGCUGGCUGAGCACACACGACCCCAACAUCACCUGGAGCACCCGAUCGAUCAUCUUCGACUCCGAAUACUGCCGAUACCACUGCCGGGUGUACACCCCCAUCCCAGCCUUCCUCCCACCAGCACAGCCGCCCUUCUUCUACUCGAUCGAGGGAUUCAGAGUUUACCAGCCCGUGAGGUACUACUACGUGCAGAACGUGUACACUCCAGUGGAUGAGAACGUCUACCCGGAUCACCGCCUGGUGGACCCCAACAUCGAGAUGAUCCCUGGAGCUCACAGCAUUCCCAGCGGGCACGUGUACUCGCUGUCCGAGUCCGAGAUGGCCGCUCUGCGGGAGUUCAUCGCCAGGCACGUGAAGGAUGGCCUGAUCACUCCGACCAUCGCCCCCAACGGAGCCCAAGUCCUCCAGGUGAAAAGGGGAUGGAAGCUGCAGGUCUCCUACGACUGCCGUGCUCCCAACAGUUUCACCAUCCAGAAUCAGUACCCUCAGCUCUCUGUUCCAAAUUUGGAUGACCAGGCGCACCUGGCCACCUACGCUGAGUACGUUCCUCAGAUUCCUGGAUACCCCACGUACCCGGCCUAUGGCGCCUACCCGACCUACCCAGUCGGAUUCGCCUGGUACCCAGUAGGAAGAGAUGGACAUGGACGCCCGCUCUAUGUCCCCGUGAUGAUCACUUGGAAUCCUCACUGGUACCGCCAGCCUCCGGUACCCCAGUAUCCGGCCGCCGCCUCCACCGCCGCCGCCGCCGCCGCCCUCCUACAGCAGCCUGUGAAUCUGUCAGAUCCUUCAGGAUCUCUGCCCUCAACGUGUGUUCCUGGGCAGCUUCUCAGUCAGUGACUGUGUGCUCACCUGGGCCCCUGUAUCUUCAGGCCAACCUGUCACCUCUGAAGAGCCACGGAAGGUCAGGGCCACCCCGGACUGGCGCACAGCCUGAAACCACCCAAAGAUCUCUGGGAGCCACAGAAUAUUGACCAACAAAUUAUCUUCCUUAACUGCCAAUUCUAAGUAAAAUUCGUAAGCUGACCUCCCAGUACAUCUCGGAAAUAUUUACGGAGAAGCUGAUGCCAACACACGAAAUGCUGUUUUCUCUACAGAGGGGGAGACAAAGAGGAGGAGGAUAUAACUUUUCUUGCAGUUUCGGUUCUCUCUUUAUAUUAUGGGAGGACCGCCGCCUUAUGAAGGAAGCCACAAUGAACUGGUGCAGUAUGAAACGGCUUCCGUGAUCUUUCUGCUGCACCCUGAGAAACUUCACCAUCUUCGAACUUCUCUUUCGUGAUUCUGUUAAUUCUCAAGGAGCAGCAACUUGACCAGUUAAUUCUCCCGGGAGCAGGCCAGAUCCCUGCAACAGGAGCACCUCGGGCUGGAGAAGGAAGUGCCCUUUCAGAUGGACUCUUGCAUGUUGAGUGUGCCUUCACAUGUGUACCCACACUCAUGCCUGGGGGGGAUGUCUUUGAGGAGGAGAAAUUGGGGCACAGGAGACUGUCUUGGGGAUAUGGACUUCUGUAGUGAGCUUCAAAUCCGGUUGCCAAUGAAUAAAAGGCCUCAGAGAACAAGUCAAAUGACUCAAAGCAACAGACAACCCAAACGUUGUCUUCAGUCCAGUGACAUCAUCUGGGGUCUCCUGGGGACUGCCUGACUUCCUUUAGCCUGGUCCCUUGCUGCUACUACCUUGAAGUGUUUGUCUAACCUCUCUUUCUGUUUAAUUCCUUACUACUGCCAUUAACCCUGCUGCAGGAUUUGUGUCAUCCUUCCUGCCUGGUUGCUGAGGCUCCAUUUUGCUGCCACGCGUGGAGAAGAAAGAAGCAGGAUUCAAGGAGUGUGUUUCUACACACAGUCUCCAAUUGCCAAAACACCCCUUAAGCAGUAGAAAACAAUGUGACAUGUAUAUAUUUCUAAUUGCCUAUCAGGAAGAGGAGUUUAAUGGUGAAGUUUCAUUGUUUCAUCAACAUCAUCUUUCACUAUUCAUUAUCAUUCACCCUUAUUCUUGCAUGUUUAAAUACUUAAAUGUUUUAGCUGUAGAUUAGUGGUAUCCUUUUUAACAACUUUAGAGUGGGACUGCUCAUAUUAUUUCCAUUGAAUUACAAAGUACUAUUCAAUUCUUACUAUGUUAGAGUUAAGCUAAUUAAAAUCGAGUAAGUAAUGUAAUGUAAAAUACUGUGAACUUCUCUUAACAAACACUGUGAAUUAGAGGCUCCUCGGAACUGGAGUUUUGUAUAAUAGUUCAUCUUGUUCAUCUUCAACCUUUUAUUUUAACAUCAUAUGUAAUUUUAGUUUUAUCAAUUAGGCCUCUAAAAAACACACACACACAAAUAUGCAAAUCCAAAGAAGAUACCUAAUUGGCUAUUUACUCCAAAACAACUUUCUUUUUCUUUUUCAAUGGAAUCAGACAACUUGUCAGUCACUCAUGUGUUUUUAAAGUACGUCAUUAUUUUUUAAAUGGUGCAUUUGUGCUUCUGGACUAUUUUGAAGCGUCACUCCGUUUACCUCAGAUAUCAAUCCAUCCUCCAUAUCUUUGAAUUCAAGUUGUGUUGUGUCAAAUUUACAGUUGUCAAUUGAUCUUCAAGCUGCAGGGGGCCUAGAAAUGGCUCAUUGUCUGCAGCCCCAACAUGUGCACACGGACAUUUGCCAUCACUGCAAGCAAAAGUCUGGAGACGUUGGCCUGUGACAACGGUCAGGGAGUGCACGGAUGAAGUCCCUGACACACAUAUGGCUGUUUAGUAAAGCUUGUGAAAAACUUUUGGCAGUGUGCACUAUGUUGUAUUGCUAUAUAUGCUGUCUAUAAAUGUAGGUGUUAAAGAUAAGUGAUCUCAAAUUUAUUGUUCUGUAGCAUCAGAAUUUUAAUAAGUUUCCUUUCAAUCAAUUGAUUUAAUUUGUUGCUGUUAAUCAAACUUAUGUUAAUUGGAUACUUUAAAUUUUUGGGGCAUUUUCCAACAGAUGCCUUUAUUCUUAAAGAAAAGAGCAAAGUAAUUAAAUUUCUAACGAAAUUAGGGAGCAAAAUAAAAACAAAGUAGAUAAAGCAAUAUCAAUUAUUAAACAAAGCCAAUAGUCAACCCUUUGAAACAAAUUGGCAAAAUUGAUUGACUUUUGGCCCAAAUUCAGAGAGUUAAUUAAAAAAUCAAGGAAGAAGAAGGAAUGAGCUCCCAUUUUUAGGCAAACUUGGAAAACUAGCUAAGGUCAUCUUGCUAGAAUAUUGAAGAAGUUUACAUACGUUUCUGAAGGGUCAAUUCAGUUUGAGCAAUUAGGUAUUUGUAAUAGAUGCUGGAAAAUGAAGAAUUAGUUUGAUUAAAUCAUGUGAGGUAGCACAGUGAACUAACAGGUGCACAAAAAGGGGCCACAUCUAUAUAGUGCAGUCUGAAUUUCUGUUUAAGUUUGCAGGUACCUCUUAGACUCCUGAAUUGAUCCAGUUGUCAUCUGCCACAGACAUUUAACAUCAGAUUGAAUUUCAAGACUGGCAACAGAGAACACUGCUGGGAAAGACCUGAGCGGAAAUGAAAGACCACCUGCAGAGAUGAAAAGCCAGUGGGAACCAAGCUACAUUUUCAUCUAAGGAAGAGAACAUCUUGUGGGAAAGUUCUUUGUUGUUUCAGAUUGUAGAAUGCUAUCGAAUUGGUCUGUGGAAAAUUGCAUUGUUACUAUUUCUUUGUGUAAUCACUUUAAUGAAUAGGGGAUAUAUAUAAUCAUAAGUAAUUUUAGGGUGGGAGGGAUUAAUAAGUAAUCAAGUGGGUGGGAUUAGUUAAACAGCAUGAUUAUAUAUUAGAUAUCUCUAUAAGUAGACGUGUGUACUUGUGAUCCUUUAUCCUGUGAUUGCUACCUUUAAUAAUUUCAAAUAAACUCGGAGGGAACUGCAGGGAGAUUAGCCUAUUUAGGGUGACUGGAACAUGGAAAAAAACCCUAGUGGGAUAAAGUUCAAAGGUGAUCAAAUAGAUCAUUUAAUAGAGGCUCUUUGCCUUGGGUAUUAACUCCAGGGAUUAAGAUUGUGAGCAAAGUCUUUAGUGAGUUACAGGGUGGAUAGAUACCCUUUGAGAAAUUGUUGCUGAAAUGACAUUGAUAUGAUGUAUGGUGAAUAGUCAUGGAAGUUAUACAAAAAUGGUGCAUAAGAAAUGGAAGUGAUGAGUAAGAAAAGUUGCUCCCAUCAGUCGCCCUCCUCUUUACCUCUUCUCCCUACCCCUGUCCCACAUCCCUAUCCUUCCCCAUUAUUAUUGCUGUAUUCUCUUUACUCUCUUUCUCUCAAAUUACUAAUAUUGAUGUUAUAAUAAAUUUAAUUAAUAAAGAUUUAGUGGUUAAGUGCAAA